AUGGCCGUCGCGGACCUGGAGAGCUUAUUGGAAGACGAAGAGUAUUGGGAUGACGGCCAAUGUGACCUUCUAGUGCCACAGAGCACAAGCUACGACAUUUUUCAAGAAAUACCAUACGAGGAGCCAACGUACAAUGCAAUUGAUGGAAUUCUUUUGCCAACCAAGUCGAGUUUGGGCGUGCAAGUAUGCCGUUUCAGCACAUUUCAGGGCACUUUGGCGCUGCAGCCAUGUAUCAACCACGAACGGCAGCACGGCAUAUUUGACGCACUCGAGGAGUACGAGGCCGGCGACCCGAUGGGUGGACUUUUUGUGGAAAAUGCGAGCCUGGCUACUUCACUGAUUGGUUUCAAAGAGAUGCUCGGCCCGGGCUGGACACGAUUCACGAAGGAUCGCAUGAUGGUACAAACGGAUCUGAUGGAACAGUUGUGCAUUGCACACUGUCACCGGAAGCUCCAGAGUUCAUUCGAGGUUCCGUCCAACAUUCUCUGA